UGACCCAGAAUGACCGAAUGGCGGGAGACAUGUGUUAUUCCCCUCCCUGCCAGUACGUGGCGCUGUCAUUAAGCGCGUUUCCCCGGAGUGGGGGCGCAGGGCGGGGCUCCGGCUGUGUAGUACGUGUGCUUCACUCACAGCAGCUAGCUUCAGUAAGCCGACGCUAAAGCUGAAGUCAGAGACAUGGUGCUGCUUGAGAAUGAUUCGUUUCUCACAGAGCUCACACGACUGUUCCAGAAGUGCAGGUCAUCUGGCAGUGUUGUCAUCACACUAAAGAAAUAUGACGGGAGGACCAAGCCAACACCCAGAAAAGGCAACCCUGAGACAUUUGAACCAGCAGACAACAAAUGUCUCAUCAGAGCAUCAGAGGGCAAGAAAAAAAUUAGCACAGUGGUCAGCACCAAAGAAGUAAUCAAGUUUCAAAUGGCAUACUCCAACCUCCUAAGAGCUCACAUGGAUGGACUUAAGAAGAAAGAUAAGAAGAGCAAAAGCAAGAAAACUAAAGCCACCUAAUGAGCAACAGACUCUUUAACAAAACCAUAAACUGGCCUGUUCGGUCUGAGGGAACGGGAGAGGCCUCCACCCGGUCUGUCGCCCCACACGGCCUCUUCCCAUUCACCCAAUGCCUCAGCAUCACUAUUCAUCCACCAAGUGACCGCCUUGAUAUGAUGCCAUUGUUUGCAUGGUAAUGUCUCAUCCCCGGCUGCUGAGGACAGAAACCCUGAGGAUUCCUCAUAACUCACGCAGGACGUCAAGCUUUUUGAAUCUCCACCCUUACUGCUUCAGAACCAGGUCAUCAUCAACAGCUGUGUCACAUCUGGAGCCAAAUCCAUGGAGCCCAACACAUACCUGCCUUUCAUACUAAUUGAAUUGUUUAGAGUCCAUAUUUAUGUCCUAUUUUCAGCUGACCUGUGAGCUCUGCUGCCAUGUUUCAAUUUGAUUGCAUCUCAAGAAGAAUUAAUUUGAACCAUUUUGUUUAGUUUUGAAAUAAUGAUGGAACACAGAAGUCAAUCAGAUCAGAUUUGAUAUAUUUGAUAUUCAGUUUUGCAGCAUUAAGCUCGAUAUUGGAGAUGGGAAUGUUUUUAUUUUACCCCCUUAAGUAUAAUGAAUAUUAUUUCCAGAGGCUGUGGCUCUGGCGGUCUCAAAUUGUUUAACACCAAUAAAAUGUGUAGCUUAUGUUAAUGUAGGUAUUUGAACAGUGAAUCGGAUUUCUGAAUGAUGACGUGACAGGAAAAAUGUUAAAAGUUAUAUUUUACUGAAAGGCAUUUUUGAGUUAUGAAUACAGAGACAAAGUAUUGGCUGGUUAUUUUCAUAAUGUCAUUUCAGUUAAUCAAAAUUACAAGGCAGGUGUAAACUAUGGCUGUUAUAUUUUCUCAGUCAUUUGUAUUGUCUCUCUGUGCUCCAGGUCCUCAUUGGAGAGGGCAGCAGCAGAAUCUAAGUUCAGAAAUAAAGUGCGUUGUUGAAAGCCA